CCUGACAAGUUGUCGCUGCUCUGCUCCAGGAGAUUGUUACAAACAUGUGUAAGCGGUAGCAAGCGGUAACCACGCGUGUUUUAUCUUCCGCUUUUCGUCGCCGAUAAGUAGCGAUAUUCCCUGAGAUUAACCGGGGCAUAUUAUGCGCUUAGGCUGCCUUUUCAGGUGGAAUCGAUCUCUUGUGACUGCUCUCAACGGCACGGCGAGUGCUUGGCACACUACCAGGUGUUACUCGAGCAGUCUGGCUUCGAAGAUGCCGCUCAAGUUCGCCGCCAACAUCUCGACCAUGUUCACGCAGACUCCGCUGCUGACGCGCUACCGCUUAGCGCAGUCGCACGGAUUCAAAGCCGUCGAAUGCCAAUUUCCCUACGACGUCGGCAUCGACAACAUCCGCAGUGAGAAGGAGACCUGUGGAAUGGUGCAGGUGCUCAUUAACUCGUAUCCAGGUGACUUGCCUAAGGGCGAGUUGGGCUUUGCUGCAAAGCCGGGUUGUGAAUCGGAAUUUCUCAGCAGCUUGGAGACUUCGAUAAAAUAUGCCAAGGCCUUGGACUGCAAGAAGAUACAUAUUAUGGCAGGAAUCACUGGCACAGAGCGCAACAGCAUUAUGGAGGAAACAUACCUCACGAACUUGACAAAAGCAGCUGGACUGCUUGAAAAGGAAGGAAUUGUAGGCGUGAUAGAGCCCCUGUGCAAGGAGGUUAAACCGGGAUAUUUUCUCAACAACUACGAACAAGCUGCACGUUACGUCACACAGCUGAACCACAAGAACUUGCGUCUACUCCUGGAUGUAUUCCACCUUCAAAUGAGCUCGGGCAAUUUGACCAACACGAUCGCGAGCGUGUACCCGCUUGUAGGUCACAUACAAGUUUCUCAGGCUCCACGUAGGGAUGAGCUUAACGCACCUGGUGAAAUAAAUUAUAAAUAUAUCCUGCACCUAUUCGAAGAGCUUGGCUAUGAUGACUGGAUAGGCCUUGAGUACACGCCAUCUGGGCAAAGUGGUGAUGGAAUUUCGUGGAUUAAAGACUAUGGCUAUAGCCUGUGAACAAUGUCAAAAAUGUGAGAGUUAAGAAAAUUGAAAUAUUUUU